GUUGAUACGGACUCCACCUUCCCUUUCCGGAUAGUACCUGAAUACAUCGAUACACAGAGUUCUAGCGAUGUAGAAAGCGCGCGAAGAGCUUCCAGGGCAAUCGCAACUGCAGCGGACAACUCCGUAUUCGUUAUCGGGGCAGGAGGUGUAGAUGUACCGGAUGGACGG